UUUUGUUCUCCAAGGUUCGUUUGGAUUAUCGCACUGGAUUCAAAAGGAGACGAACGUCGAGAAAAGUCGGUGAGUGGAAAUCAAGAAUUAACGUUCAAAACACACUGCCGAUUCUCGAAGCAAUUUGCAGCGAACGAUGAGAUCAAACAUUGUUACUGAGGCAGGAUUGCCUACAAGAUUUAAGCAAUGGUGGGAAGGAAUACCAUUCCUUACUUCUAUGGUGGUUGCAGUUUGUGGUGUGAUUUACUUGGUUUGCCUUUUGGUUGGAUAUGACUCUUUCUCAGAAGUGUGCUUCUGGCCCUCUGCUGUUCUUUCAAAGGCCCAAGUGUAUAGGGUUUUCACAUCUAUAUUCUUUCAUGGUUCACUACUUCAUCUUGUAUUCAAUAUGUUGGCCCUGGUUCCUUUAGGCUCAGAGUUGGAAAGAGUUAUGGGAUCGAUCCGUUUGUUGUACAUGAUUGUUUUGUUGGCUACAAGCAGUGCUAUUUUUCAUAUUCUAAUUACAUUAAUAGCUGCCUACAACCCCAUUGUCACCUACUACCAUUUCAUGGACGAAUGUGCGAUUGGCUUCUCUGGUGUUCUAUUCUCUAUGAUUGUUAUAGAAACAAGCCUAAGUGGAGUCCAAUUUAGAAACGUGUUUGGACUUUUUAACGUACCUGCUAAGUUGUAUCCAUGGUUAUUACUGGUGAUGUUCCAGCUUCUUAUGACAAACAUCUCAUUGCUUGGACACUUAUGCGGGAUUUUAUCUGGAUUUGCAUACACUUAUGGUUUGUUCAACUUUCUAAUACCGGGAAGCUCUUUCUAUUCGGGCAUAGAAUCCUCUCAUUGGCUUUCAACUUGUGUUCGUAGACCAAAAUAUAUAAUGUGCACAGGUGGCGAUCCUUCUGGAUACAUCCCCACACAUACUACUCGUAACACAGCAUCCAGUGAAACACUUUCUGGGAACAUGUGGGCAAACUUGUCUUCAUGGAUGCCAAGGAGAGAGGUGGCUCCCCAGUCAGCAGAAGAAAAUAGUAGGUUUCCUGGACGUGGAAGGACACUAGGUGCAACUCAAACAGAAACAGUCUCCAGCAAUGCUUCUCCUGACUCAAGCCUACAAACAAGACUCUUGGAAAGUGGCAAUAGCCCUGUUCAUCCUUCAACUCAGGAAGCAAUUGCAAGAAAUGAUAGAAGGCAGGAAGGGAUAAAUACAGAUACCACAGCAGCAGUAAGUGUUGUAUCGGAUGAAGAGAUCCAAAAGCUUGUGGCAAUGGGUUUUGAUAAGACACAGGUGGAAGUGGCUAUAGCAGCUGCAGAUGGUGAUCUGAAUGUAGCAGUUGAAAUACUCAUGACCCAACAGGGAUAGGGAUGAGUAAUUAGUUAGUUGUAAAGAGUGGUUGGUUGUUGAUGAAAUAUGAAUAUGAUGAAAUACUAAGACCGUCUCACUAACUCAUAACUGUAUCUUCCUUUCGUAUAUCUUUAAUUAGAUUCUGUUUUAUCUUAA